UGAUCCUGUAGUUGAACUUGCAUUUCCCUAGUGGUUUACGAUGCUGGGCAUCCUUUCAUGUGCUUAUUGGCUGUUUGUAGAAAGUAUGGAGAAAUGUCUGCUUAAAUCCCCCAUUUCACUUCCCUUUUUUGGGACUGGUUUUAUUGUCGAUGUUGAAUGGUUGGGGUUCUACUAUUUUAAAUAUUAAUCCCACAUGACAUACAAAUACAAGUAAUCUCUCCCUUUUCAUGGGUUGAAGGUAUAUUAUGCUUUUAAUCUCUAUACAUUAAUUGAUGAAACUAAGGCUCAGAGGGUAAUUAACUGGCUCAAGCUGGGUCACAGAGCUGGGCCACAGAGCUAUAAAAGAAGUGGCUUUAAUGAAAUCUUCUGUACAGUGGAAACUGGAAGGAGAGAGGUUAAUCUGUUCACUUCUCCAAGAAAUUGUUACUUGGUUCAUUAUUGUAGCAACAACAAAAACAACAAAACAACCACCACCCAGGCAAAAGCAACUUAAGGAAGCAUUUAUCUGGGCUUCCAAUUUCAGAACAUAUAGUCUGUCAGAACAGGGAAUGCUUGGCAGAAGGAGCAGGAGGCAGCUGUUGCACUGUGUUCCGUCAGGAAGCAGAGAGCAAGGCUGCAUUUACUCAGCGCUUCCUAUGUCCUGUGGGAAGUACUGCCCACAUUUAAGGGGGCUCUCCUUCCCUUAAUUAAUCACAUUUAGACAAUCCCUGGAAGACAUGCCCAGAGAUUUGGUUUCAUGGUUUUCUGAAUCCCAUUGAGCUGAUGAUAGGCAACACCAACGGUCACAGCUCUGAUGGCCUGGGUACUGGUGUGGCACAGGUUUGGUAUCUGAGAACUUAGAGGAAGGAAAGAGGAGAGGAGCUUGUUCUUGUCAGUUCCCUGUUCUUGUCAGACCAUGCUAGGACUCCGAAACUCUGACACAGCUGCUCUGGGAAAUUGGGUGACUCCCUCCACCUUUCUUGACUGCAGCUUCCUCAUCAGUACACAGGCUGGUUCAGUGCACUGCCUUCCUGAUAGCCACUUAAUUCAAGUGCCAUUUCCUGGGGCUAGGGGAUCGCUCCUAUGAAUUCCUAGAAUUGGUCCCCCUUCUUCCCUUGGGCACGAGACACAUAUGGACUCUCCAAACACACUCUACCCCUCACCGUCCUAGAGUUGACUCCUCUCUUCAUCCCAGGCUCCUGAGGUCCAAGGCACAGUAACCAUUCUGAAAUGUUGGAAGGUUCUCUACUGUGACCAUACAGUGAUUCAGUGGCUGCUGCAGGGUAGAUAGACAGAAGACUAGCACUUAUAUCCCAAGGCUCAGGACAUCCCUAGCUUCCAGAACAGAAUGAUCAUGAAGGGCCAUGCAGGUUAGGAACUGGUCCAUCCUUUGGGAAGAAGCUUUCCCCACAAGACUCCACCCACCUAUCCAGACAAGCUCACAUCAGUACUCCAAACUACUGAAAUCCAGAAUCUCGGACCAGUGUUAAAGUUUCUGAGGUCUUUGAUACUUGGAGAACCUGGCAGAAGCUGUCUCUUCUAUGCACCCACACUCUCACAGCAGCACCUGUUUGAACACAAAGGUGAUGGAUCAGAAAUGGCAACAGAGAGGAGGGCUAAGACUGGGAGUCUGUCUGGACACAGGGAUGGGGUACCAAGGUCACAGAAAAGGACUGACUGCCAUGCCUCAUCCUGGUUCUUCCUGCUUGGCACUCUGCCUGGUAAAUAUUUUCCCUGCCCCAACACUUCCACUUCUUCAGAUUCAGAAAUACCUACUGUGCUCAGUGAUUGCCACAUGGGCCAGGUUGGGAAACAGAGGCUGUGGCAACCCUGGAAGGGAAGAGUGCUGUCUCCAUAGCCUGAGGCUUCGGGCAACUGGCCAAGUUUUCCGCUAUAAAAGCAGCUGACACUUUAUCUUCACAUGCCUUCUCUCAGCUCCGUCUCAGGGACAUCAGGUGCGCAAAUCUUUAGCUACAAUGCCUUCUGAACUAGAGACAGCCUUGGAAAACAUAGUUACCGUCUACCACCGGUAUUCCGAGAUGAAAGGGAAUCACCAUGCCCUCUACAGGGAUGAUUUGCAGAAACUGGUCACAACUGAGUGUCCUCAGUACAUGCAGAAGAAGAAUGCUGAAGCCUUGUUCAAAGAGUUGGACAUCAAUCAGGACAACGCAGUUAACUUCGAGGAGUUCCUUGUGUUGAUGAUAAAGAUCGGUGUGGAAGCCCAUAAAGAAAGCCACAAGGAGUGAGCUUCUGCUGAGCUUCUGGCCUGGGGCUGGGCCCAUAGACAAUGUCUACAGAAUAAUAAAGUUGUCAUACCUCA